CAGCCAUACAUUGUACGAGAGGCUAUCCAUAAUCUCAUCCGUUCUUCCUUUCAUUUCAGUCACACCCCAAACCAAAGCCCUCUUCUUCUCUCUGCUACUUCUACUCACUCACUCACUCCAUUUCAAUAUCGAUAUAUAUAUCAAAAUCCCAACCUUACAAUUUUUCUGAGCUUAAUAAUACCAUCACACUACCUACUACUCCUGCUGCCACAGCUCAUCAUCAACAGCCAGCCAUGGCUUCGGCUAUCCUUUCUGUGGCCAAACCAUCUCUUCAGGCCAGUGGAAAGGGAUUCUCUGAUUUCUCUGGACUGCGCAACUCGACUGCUUUCACUCCAUUUUCCAGGAAGACUACCUCUGAUGACUUUGUUUCUUUCAUCUCCUUCCACACCUCUGCUGUUGGAAGCAGCGGAGGAUACAGAAAAGGAAUAACUGAAGCAAAGCUAAAGGUUGCCAUAAAUGGAUUUGGAAGAAUUGGAAGGAACUUCUUGAGGUGCUGGCAUGGCCGAAAGGACUCUCCUUUAGAUGUCAUCGCCAUCAACGACACCGGCGGUGUCAAGCAAGCUUCUCACCUCCUCAAGUACGACUCCACACUAGGCAUCUUCGACGCCGAUGUCAAGCCUGUUGGAGACGAUGGCAUCUCUGUUGAUGGCAAGGUCAUCAAGGUCGUCUCUAACAGAAACCCUUCCAACCUUCCAUGGAAGGAGUUGGGGAUCGACCUUGUCAUAGAAGGCACAGGUGUGUUCGUGGACAGAGAUGGUGCAGGGAAGCACAUUGAGGCAGGAGCCAAGAAGGUGCUCAUUACAGCCCCAGGAAAGGGUGACAUCCCCACCUACGUGGUGGGAGUGAACGCCGACGGCUACAGCCACGACGAGCCAAUCAUCAGCAACGCCUCUUGCACCACCAACUGCCUUGCCCCCUUCGUCAAGGUUAUUGAUGAGAAGUUUGGCAUCAUCAAGGGCACCAUGACAACCACUCACUCCUACACCGGUGACCAAAGGCUGCUCGAUGCCAGCCACCGCGAUCUUCGUCGUGCUCGUGCUGCUGCUCUCAACAUUGUCCCCACUUCGACUGGUGCAGCCAAGGCUGUUGCCCUUGUUCUCCCUUCCCUCAAGGGCAAACUCAACGGCAUUGCUCUUCGAGUUCCCACCCCCAAUGUCUCGGUUGUCGACCUUGUUGUACAAGUCUCUAAAAAGACCUUUGCUGAGGAGGUUAAUGCUGCUUUCAGAGAAAGUGCUGAUAAGGAACUCAAAGGCAUUCUCUCUGUCUGUGAUGAGCCUCUUGUCUCCGUCGAUUUUAGAUGCACCGAUGUAUCAUCCACCGUCGAUUCUUCGUUGACAAUGGUUAUGGGAGAUGACAUGGUUAAGGUCAUUGCUUGGUAUGAUAAUGAGUGGGGUUACUCACAGAGGGUUGUGGAUUUGGCUGACAUUGUUGCCGAACAGUGGAAAUGAUCCCAAUCCAAUCAUUUUAAUCAGAUUUUUUCCCUGCCUUAUUUAUUAUUCACCAACUGUUUUUUCCCAUCUUUUUUCCUUCUAUUAUGCCUGUCUACAAAAUUGUAAUGAGAACUUUGAACCAAUUUAUCUGGCUUGUCAUUACUCAAUAACAGCUUUUAGAUUUAAAAA